UCACUACAACGGGUGCGUUCAGGGAUAGCGCCGAAGCACCGUGCAUCAUACAACAAUGCUGGUAAGUGUACGAGGCCUUUAAAUCUGUCACAAUGUCACCCAUGGCUGUAUACUCGCGAGUCUAUGCCCGAGCAACAUAAACAAAUUUAUGACAUAAGAAAAAAAAACAUUGCAUUGUGUUUUAUUGAUUUUCCGUCGCCGAACUCUGGAAUUCCAUCGGAAUAGCCCAGUUUUCCCUUGUAAUUUAAUAUUAACGCACAAGCUAGCUAGUUAUAAGAGAAAAGGUUUUCAGGAGCCGCCCAUUGCUCUAAAACGUCGUCCCUUUUACCUGUUUACCGGGGCGUAACGCGGCCUGGCUGCGAUUAGAAUUUAUUAACUCUAGUUUCUUGAAAAAUAUAUUGUUGUAAGUGAAAAUGAGCACUACAGCAUUGCAGGAGUCUGCUGUUAAGGAGAGUUUGUUUCAAUUUAUUACUAAGAACGUCCCCUCGGCGGACUUGAACGUUAUUGACGAUAUAGUACUAUCUUAUGUGAUUUCUUUCGUGGAGGAAUCUUCACAAGAUCCCUGCUUCGAUGUCGAAGGGUUCAUAGAGAUGAUGGCGGCGUACGUGCCGCAGUUCGCCAACAUUGACGUGGAGCGCGUGUGCUCCUGGGUUGUAGACCUGGAGGCCCUGCUCACGAGCGAGGAGAGCGACCCUCCGUCUAGCCACGAGGAGUCGUCGAGCAGCAGCGACAAGCUGACGAUGACUCUUCACACCCUGAGCGAGAUGCUGCCAACGGCCACCAAGCCCAGCCGCUCUCAUUCAAGCUCCGAGAGCUCCGAGGAGGCCGAGCGUCAGCGGAGCCUGCUGGAAGCCGAGGAUCUGCCCAUGCUCGCUGCUCAAUGCGCGGUGCUGCAUGAGAUGUUCCCGAAUACCUGCGCUAUGGAGAUAAAGCACUGCGUGUCGAUCGCUUGCGGCGACGUGGAGCGUGCGGCGGCGACAUUGCUGCACCGCCGCGAGCAAGGCCAGGCGCUGUCGGCCGCCGCCCUGCAUCAGGCUAGCAAGACUCCGCUCUGCGACGACUCGGAGCUCAAGAACCGUAUCAUCGCUCGCUACUCGUAUGUGGACAAGAACUCGGAAACGAAGGAGCACAAGCCACUGGCGCCCAAGAUGGAGCCGAAAAAGAUGGUCCGUUACCGCGACAACAAGAUAGUGUCGCUCAAGGGCGAGCGGUACACUGAGGUACCAAGGUCCGGAGUCGACGAGGAAAACUUGAAAAAGCCCAAAAAACAGCACUGCCCUUAACCAUUACAACCACAUCAGUACCGGGCCCGCCCUGCCCCCGGCCCCUGCGGCCCUAAUCCCCCCCUCAUGUGUAGCGUUCAUUCCCUCCCCGUACUGAUUUUGGUUUUAAUGAUUUUAGUGAUUAAGUUUACUAUUAUGCUCUCUCUUGACAGUAUUAUUUCAAAUAGGUCUUUUAUUAGUGAGAGUUGCGAAUCGCGACGGGGUCUGACGCGCGGUCGGUUAAGAUUUUUAUAUGGUUUUAGUGUAUAGUUUGUGUGUGCGGGUUGACGUCGAAAUGUGGAUCAAUUUGGUCAAUUAUUUUCCUUUUGUCGUAUUAAAAUAUGCGAGAAACUGAGUGAAAUCUCGUAUCGCCAUUUUAAGAGCUUAUGAUGCAUAUUUUGCAUCAAAAUUGACAGAUGCUCACCUCUUGGGUCUUAUGAUCUGAUGGCAUUGGCUUGGGUUUAGAUGUC